AUGGGGAGAGGAAGAGCACCAUGCUGCGACAAGAACAAAGUGAAGAGAGGGCCAUGGAGUCCUCAAGAAGAUCUCACUCUCAUCACCUUUAUUCAAAAACAUGGCCAUCUCAACUGGAGAUCUCUUCCCAAGCUUGCUGGACUUAUGAGAUGUGGGAAGAGUUGCCGACUGAGAUGGAUAAACUAUUUGAGACCAGACGUGAAGCGAGGCAACUUUAGCAAAGAGGAAGAAGAUACUAUCAUUCACUAUCAUCAAACCCUUGGAAACAAGUGGUCAAAGAUCGCAUCCUUCUUGCCUGGAAGAACAGACAACGAGAUCAAGAACGUUUGGAACACUCAUCUCAAGAAACGACUCAGUACUCGAUCUUCUUCUUUUUCUUCUUCUUCUUCGUCUUCAUCCAUCUCUAGCACUCAUGAUCAAAGCACAGAAGAAGAUCAUGACAAGAAAUGUGAAGGAGCUCACGAAGAAGAAGAGAAGUCAGAGUUAAAUGAUAGCCAAGACUCAGCUUCACAUUCCCAAGACAAGUGUAUCCACACAAAACCAGAGCUGCAUGAGGUUAAUAAUGAACUUAACGAGAUCCAGUUCCUGCUCGACCAUGAUGACUUUGAUGAUACAACCUCUGAGUUCCUUCAGAACAAUGAUAUGUUAUUUCCUCUAGAUUCUCUUCUUCAUGACCACCAAACUCACAUUUCAACCACUGGUGGUGUGACUCAAGAGGUAACCAAAUCUCAAUCAUUUGAUCAUCCUCAAGUACUGGAUAAUAUCUCAUGCGGAUUUCAUGAAGACACAAAUAUUGGAGAAUCCGACUUGUGGAGACAGCUGCUGGUUGAAUCAACCUUACCUACAUCUAGUCCUAACAAUGAGUACGACGAGUGGUUCAACUUCAUCGACAACCAAACUUACUUUGAUGAUUUUAAUUUUGUCGGAGAAGUAUGUCUAUGA